AUGUCCCAUGCCCUCUUCAACCGGAGGGGCAGCAACAAGAAUCAAGGUUUGAUGAAGUCUCUCAUGGCUGCCAUCAGCAAGGAGAAGAUCCUUAGCCGAAUCUCAGAGUUGGACCUUGACGAGCAAGUGUCAGACAUGCUGGGCGAGAUGUACCAGGGCAUGAUCGAACUCUUGAUCGAUAACUAUGAGCCUUUGGAAGGUGCUUUAGGAGAACUGCUGGAUGAAGCUGUGACGGGAAGUCAAGACUUGGAGCCAUUCAUCGACAACCUUCGGGAUGCUGUGACAGGAAGUCUCGUGGCUAUGCGGAGCAAACAAGAGCCGUUGGGAGUUGGGAUCACCAGGCCACAGGAGAUUUUGCUCGACAGGGUGGUUGAAGCUGCUCAGGGGAUGGCAAGUGAAAUCUCCUACACGAUGCGGAUGCGUGGUGGCAACAAGAAACGCAAUUCUGCUCCAUCCACAUCACAAAACCUAGGUGAUGGAGGUACAGGUAGCUCACGUUUUCACAGCAGCGCUGGCCUGGGCUUCGGGAGCAGCAGUAGCGGCCAUAGCACGAGAGUCACUAGAGUUGCUGGGGUGAAUUCUGCCAGUGCCAGUGCCUUCGGAGCGAACCACGGUGGAGAAGCAGCACAUCACUUCAAAAAGACGGUCAGGAACAUGUUUGCGAUGAAUGCCAUGGGCGGAAGUGGGCCACACUUUCACACUGAAAGGCGUGCAGCGACCUGGCACAGUGCUAUGCAUCAAGAAGAGCGAAAACAUCAUCAACCAGGAGGUCACGGUUCUGAAGAUGCAGAGGGCUGGGAGGAAGAGGGCCUGCACAGUACCAACUUGGGUCAAACUAGUCAAGCUCUUUCUCCACAGAAGGAGGCUGCGGAGGCCGAGGCCAUGGACGCUACGAACGUCAGUCAAACGCAAGAUCUUGGGGACGGGCCUCACGUUCCCGCUGGAAGCACGCAGGUUACUUUCCAAAGUUUGUCCACCUCCUCGCGCGGUAGCAGCGGAUCGGGCCAAAGACCAAAUACUGUUGCUGUUGAGCAGAGCAGCGAAGGCGUGUCCAGCAGAAGUCCAUCAAGCAGAAAAUCUUUCGCUCAAAGCUAUGGAAUGCAGCCUUCCUCGCCUUCCUCAGGAUCAGGCUUUUCCUCGCCAAGCAACUCUAUGUCUAUCACAUCCCCAAUGUCAAGCAAGGCUCGCGCAGAUGCCACGCGGUCGCUGAAUCCUUUUGGAUUUUUGGACACGGCAACAGAUGAAGCUCUUUCGAAAGAGACGCCCCAAUCAGGAGAAGGUCGUGCAGGUGCUAGUGGGAUCCAGCACGCCACCACCGACGAAACUAGCAAGGGACUCGAGAGGUUGCUGGUAGACUCUGACCAGGCUUUGCCUGAGGUUACAUCACGGCAAGAGAAUGUGGAGGCACACCCCAUGCUUGGGGACCAGACUCAAUUGAGACGACAGCCGCCAAAAGGUCGAGGUGGUCAACUUUUUCACGGACCCAGUGGACGAAAACUAUGGCCAGAUGUUGCUAAGCGCAGUGUCAUUGGGCAGAGUGACAGAGGUGAUUUGUACAUCGGCCAUCACCCUGGCAAACGUGGCAAUCGCAAAGGUCCGCUAUCACGCUCGGAUGAUCAAGCGAAGCAAAGCAGAACUGACAAGGUCUCUUCCUGGGUGAUGCCACCUAUUGAUGCCUCGAGAGAUGCAGCAUCAGGAAAUGAUGCUGACGGCUUGGAGUCGCAAAGCUUCGACUGGGAGACCCUUCGGGUCCAGCUGUUAAGAGAGGGGAUAAAGCUCAAAAUUCCGCCAGAGCUGUUAUACAAGAAGGGCAUGAAGUCCCGUGAGCAGUCCCAAGCCCUACUGGAAGAAGUGCAUUCAGAGUGCCACGAGGCAGCCUUCAAGGAGGGUAUAGCAAGGUUGGAUGAAUCCUCCAAAGAUCUGGAAGCCAGCCUGUCCGGCCUGAGAAGAGAUAGUUCUGGAAAAUCGCUCCAUGGCACAAGUACGUGGCAUUCAGAUGCAGCACACACUGGACAGGCAAACCUUUUUUCAGCCCAGCCAGUUUCAGCCUCUUGCAAUGCGAGUCUGCACCGUGCCUGGAAGUCCCAGGAUCCUGUGGAGUUAGAAGCGGUUUACAAGCAGCGUGCUUUCCGUUGGACAACCUCCGGUGCCGGCACAGGGGCCCUGCCGGAGACGAAGUGCUUUGACAGAAUCGUUGCAAUAACUUUGACUUUAAUUCAUUUUGAUUCACUACUUGUAGCAUUUUGA